CAGCACCAGCGCGACUGAUAAUCGAUGGUAUCGACUAUCGAACGUUUUCUCCGCCUCUACACGCCAGUCCUUGAGCCACCGUGUUGUUUAUCUAUCGCGCGCCACGAAUUUCCGCCGCCCGUUUCGUAAUCCGUCCUCGCACGUACCGUGCGUGUUCGUGCCGUCGACGUCUGAUGCCCGACCCGUCGACAUGGCGUAGUUCCCGCGGUGACGGACGUCAGCACCCCGAACAAUUGGCGUCACCCGAAUCGGAUCGCUGCUAAAUGACCACCGAGUAUACAUAAACUAUGCCAUUACCAAAGCGUGUCGUAGAACCCGUGCAUGUAGCACGUAACACAGUCUCACAAGCGGGAAGUUAUGGUGCUACGAGUUCAAUAUCUAAUGAGUUAGAAGCUGUCACAAAUGGCACCCUUGCUAAUACAGUUCGUCAAUUGUCAAGCCUAUCUAAACAAGCUGAAGAUAUGUUUGGUGAACUUGUACGUGAAGCCCAUUCACUUACUGUACGAGUUAACUCAUUACAAAUUAGGUUAGAUAGAUUAUCUGUCAACACAAAACAAUUAGAUAGUACUGGCGAAGAAGUAUCCUUACAAGACAUUCAUAUGAGAAAAGCUUUUAAAAGUGCUAUUGUAUUUGAUCAACAAGUUCUUUCAAGGGAUACAAUGCCUGCACCUAUGCUUGAAAUGUAUUCUCAAUGUGAUAAGCCACCUCCUCUUUACAAACUCAAUCCUUACCGAGAGGAUGGUAAGGAUGGUAUGAAGUUCUAUACAGAUCCAGAUUACUUUUUCAAUUUAUGGAGGUUAGAAAUGUUAAAAGACACUGAAAAAAUGAUGCAUGAUCGUGGAAAAAAACCUCAUAGACCUAAAGCAGAAGGAAGCGGUGGUCGUCAUAAAAAAAGAGUCCGACAACCAUAUAGUACGAGAGAACGGCAAAGACAACUUGCUACUCAGCAUGGAGAGUAUAUUAUGCCUCAAGAUAACUCUCAUUAUAGAGCACCACAUCAGCCUUAUGAAUAUAUGGAAGAAAGUACAAUGAUGUUGGGCUUAUCAAUGAAUGAUCAACACCGACCAUCACGACCAAAUAGUAUAGAGUUACGUCGAUCUUACGGCCCAGAACAACUUCAUAAUCAUCACACUGGAAAUAACAUGGUAGAUGGGCGUAUUUAUAGUCCUCCCCCUAUGAAUAUAAUAGAUAGCAAUAAUUAUGCUGCACCACUCAGUAGCAAUAAUAUGAUGUAUGAUGAAUCUAAUGUAUACAAUCAUCAAACGCAACAAAAUAAUUACCAGUACACGGGUAGUAUGGGUGAAGUAAUUAGUCCAUUGGGAACACCAAGUCGGGGAGGUAGAAUUAGACCAACUCAACCACCCCCUGCUCCUCCAAGCAAUAAUAAUUCAAAUAACAGUACACCCACUGUAUCAUCAGCUAGCACUCCAACUCGUGGUCGCAGUUUGAGUUCCAAUCGUGAAACAUUACCACCUCCGCCACCUCCUCCAAUUGAGAACAAUUUACCUUUUACUGAACCUUUACCACCACCUCCACCACCCGUAUCUAUUAGUCCUCCUUUACCAUCAGCUAACAUUCCACCUCCUCCACCUUUACCACCAAUGCCUGAUCCACCUGCAUCAUUAGCCAAUGGAGAUGUAAAAUCACCACCAAAACAAAAGUCUCCAUCAAAUCUUAUUAUUCAAUCGAAACCAUUGGUGCUUCCUGCUGACUGUAAUAAUGUGAGACCUCUAAACGGUAUCAUUAAUGAUUUAAAAACAACGGUAACCAAUAUCAGUAGUGGCACCGUGAGUGCAUUGAAAAAAACACCUGGGCCAGGUCAUGUUGCUCAUUAUGAUCCACGUAGUGAUUUGCUUAAGGCUAUUAGAGAUGGUGUUGAGCUGAGAAAAGUAGAAAAAAUAAAACAAAAAGAAGGAGAACGUAGCAAUGCAUUACAUGAUGUUGCUUCUAUAUUGGCACGCCGUGUAGCUGUUGAAAUUUCUGAUUCUGAUUCUGCAUCUGGCAGUGAAUAUGACAGCGACGGUUGGGCUGAAGAGACUUGUGCUUAGUGAAUAAUUUAAAAUUAAUACUAAUCAGUUAUUUUAACAAACAUUCCUUGUCAUUAUCUUACAAAUAUUUUAAAAGUUUCAUUAGCUCAUUUUUUUUUUUUUUGAGUAUGUGCUUUUGAGAUAAAUUAUAAUACUUCAUUUGAUUGUAUCCAACAAUUCUAUUUACUGCACAAUAUGUAUUUGAUGAUGAACAAUAUUCUAUUUAAAACCGGCUAGUAACCUAAAUAAAUUAUUUUUUCAGCAGUUGAAUCUAUUUACUAAUCUUUCUAUUGUUAUAUUUAUAUAUGCAUAUACAUUACAUUAUUACUGAAUAUUAUAUUUUGGAGUUUAUCAUAGAAACAUUGCAUUAUAUAAUGUAUAUAAUAUAUAAAUAUAUAUAAUAAUAAUAAUAAUAAUAAAAAAUAUAGUCUCAAAGUUAUCAAUAUCAAUUCCAGGAGAUAAUGCAUUUGUAUAAUAAUAAUAAGUUAAUAAAUUUGCAACUUGUAUUCCUAUAUUUUCCAAACAACGUACACAUUUUAGUGCCAAAUAAUAUCAAUUUUAUAAUUAUACACAAUAGAGUAUAUUUAUUUAUAUUUCAUUAAAUUAAAAUGAGGAUUAAUCAUCUCAAUUAAUUGCUGUGUGUAUAAUUGUAUUAAUUAAUAAUAAUAUAGUUAGUAUAUUAUAUUAGAAGAUUAUCAAAGUGUUAUCUUUGAUAUAAUGAUGUAAUAAUUACUAAUAAACAAUUAAUUUAAUAUUAUUAGUGUUUUGCAUUAUUUUUAAUUUCUGAAUUUUAACAGGAUAAAAUAUAUCAAUUAUCCAACUACUUAAUUAAUAAAUUAGUGCAUUAAAUAUAAUACACUGUUGAACGAGAGUAAAAUGUUUUCAAACUGCAGAAGCAAUGGCUUUACAUUAUUUUUUUGUGUGCAAUAUUCAUCAUCAAUGUUCCAUAAUUUCCAUACAUUAUUAGUAAUUUAACUCAUUUACUGUUAUUUAGUGUUUUUUUUGUUAUUAGACUAAAAUACAACAAAUUUGUAUUUAUGUUCAUUGGUGAUUAAGAGAAAAUGCUCAAUUUCGCUCAAUUAUUAGUUUUUCAAAUUGACUAAAAAAUAAUUUUAAUUGUUUUCUAUAGAUAGAACUCUACACUGAUGCACAAAUUAUAUAAUCUAAUUAAAUAAAGUAAUUUCAAUAGACAAUAGUCAUUCACAAAUAAGUAAGGGUGUCAAUUUACCUAGUAAAUCUAUUAAAGUUCCUUUUUCUAAAAUAUUCCAUGUCAUUCAAUAUCCAUGUAAUUUUUAAUUUCCAUAGUAAAAUUAAUUUUUGAAUGAGCUGAAUAAUGGUUUGUUUACAAUUAAUAUUGUGUUAACCAUUAAUAGUGCAAAUUUGUCCAGUUCGAACAAUAUUUAAAUUUUUUAUAAGUAAUAAAACAA